CUGAAGGAGAAGAAUAUUCCAGGACAGCUCUAUCUGGACAAAUAGACAGCUUCAGGAGAUAAACUAUUUCUUUUUGUAUAUCUGUGAGAGAGUGAGUGUGCGUUCUCCAUUAGCACUAUGGAUAGAAGGUGUUAUGGCUGUGCAUCCAAAUUUACUCUCUUCAGAAAAGAGUGUGGGUGCAAGAACUGUGGGCGGGCAUUCUGCUCAGGCUGCCUUGGGUUCAGCGCCAUUGUUCCCCGUUACGGGAAUACUCAGCAGAAGGUGUGCAAGCAGUGUCAUGGGGCGCUAACCAGAGGAGUGUCUCAUACUAGUACAGCUAAAUGGUCUCCACCAGAGAACUACAAAAAGCGUGUAGCAGCUCUUGAGGCCAAGCAGAACCAGCCGACGGGUCCGCAGAAAGGCCCAGUGAAACCCCAAGGCCGGGCAGGCUCCAAAUAUCAGGGGCUGUCAAAGGAGGAUCGAGCUAUUGCAGAGAGGCUGGAGAGGCUCAAGGAGGAAACGAAGCCCAAGUCCAUCCCGUCUCAAGCUGAGAUAGAAUCUAGGCUUGCAGCACUGAAGGAUGACCCCAGCAAACCCAUUGCAUCCACACAGGAAAUGGAAGACCGUCUGGCUGCCCUGCAGGGAAGAGCCCUUCCAUCCAAAACUCCCAGACCGGCGCACCAGCCCCCUGAUACCAGAACCCAAGUCCAGCAGUCUGAUGACCUGUUGACCCAGCUGGCUGAGGAAGUUGCCAUUGAUGAGAGUUAUAGUCCAGGAGCCCAGCCUCAAGCUGUUAAUACCCAGACCCUGAAUGAUCUCAAUCGGAGAAGUGAGGGUGGCAUCAGCACUGCUGAUCUGGACCCAAAACAGCUGGAAGAGGAGAAGAAUAAACUUCUGGCAGAGGCUGCUGCUGAGCUGAGGGAGGAGAACACUAGGGAGGAGAAAAUCCUAGAAGUUGCAAAGAAACUGGCAGCACUCAGAGGCCAGGACCCCGAGAAAGUUACUCUGGAAGACUAUAAGCUCCCUGACAGUGAUGAGGAGCUGACGGAGGAAGAAGCCAUUCAGCGAGUCCUAAAACAGCUCACUGAGGAAGCAGCUCUGGAUGAAGCAAGUGGCUUCAACAUCCCUGCUGAUCAGGCCACCCACCCAGCAACCUCACAGCAGAACACAGCCAAGAAAGCAAAGCUAAAGAGCCAAGCUCCAACUGCCACAGCUAGUGCUAAGAAACCCAUCCCAAUUGCUAAGGCAGAAGACAGUGAUGAGGAGGAGUUACCAUGGUGCUGUAUCUGCAACGAAAAUGCCACAUUGCGCUGCCAUGACUGCGAUGAUGAUCUCUACUGCCAGCGAUGCUUCCGGGAAGGCCAUGAUGAGUUUGACCGGAAGGAGCACCGCACAUCUAGCUAUCGUCCUCCUUGUAAGCAGAAAUGAGUUCAUGAGCUGUGAAAAGGGAAGAAGAUGGAAAACAGAGAUACAGAGGGAGUUGUCAAGAUGGGAAGAGUCCACGAGGGCAUGUGCUUGCUACCAAAACAGAGGAUCUUUUGAACAAUUUGAGGAACCUCUGUAAUUCCAGAGAAGCUUGGCGAAAAUGUGACUCUCCUCCCCAAACAUAGCCAGGGAAACAUGGCUGGGAAUGAAGUGCACGCUCUGCAUACAUGAUAGUUUAAGCCAGUGGAACAUUAGAAAAUGGAUGAGUUGCUAUAAAUGUAAAUAGCAUGAGUUUAAAACAGGGGGCAUUUGGAUGAUGGUAAAGCUAGGGAAAGAGCAUGAAUUUAAGCCAUUGUGAGGCUGCAUGAUGAAUAAUUUCCUGCUUUUGCUAAUAAUUUACACAUUUUGUUCAAAAAAGAUGACAAGGCAAGUUAAAUUAAGAAAAGAUAAAAUUCUUCAUGGCUUGAUCAGAUAUGUGAUAAGAAUCUCCGAAGUGUAAUAAAGGAAUGUGAGUAGGGAAAGCUCUGAAAUUGUUUUACAGCGUGUCAUCCUGCAGUCAUGCCCUGUGACCUCAGUUCUAAUGCCAGAUGGAUCAAAAAAUGAAAUGAAAGGCCUUACUGUUUUUUGACAUACUCUGGCUGGAUGUGAGAGGACGUGAGGUGACCUAAAACUGUAGUAUAGCGUUGUUGGGGGCUUGCUAAACAGCAGCUGUGUUCUACCCCAGUAGUGGCUGCAUUUUAUUAGUGGAUGAUGUCAUUCCUGUAGCUGAAAAGCAUUCUGGAGUCUGUCAGGAUGAAAGAUGCUUUGUAAAUGUAAAAUGCUAAUAAUGAGCUGAAUUCUGUUGUCGAAUAGGUAUGUGAGAAUUCUGUGGAAGUCAAUGAGAGUUGUACA